ACAUGAUGUACCUACACAGAAUUCGAAAUAUAUUAUGAUGUACACCUGAAAAGAAAAUCUUGAAGAUAACAUAAAGAUAUAGAGGUGUAAUUGUUGUUAUUUUUAGUAUCACUGAUGUUAAGAGUAAACUUAAUUGAUGACCCUUCGGGUAACACUACUGCUAAUUGUGAAGAAGCUGUAUUGAAUGCCUGCUAUUUGUGUUGUUUCAUUUCUCUGCCUAAAACCUUGCAAUAGCCUCCUUCUUCUUAGAAUAAAAUCCAACCACCCAUUAUUUGGCCCCGGUUUUCCUCUUUAGCCUUCUCUUCCCACUUACUCUUGAGACACUAAGUUUGGGGUACACCGCCCUUCCUUCACUAUCUAGAAUAGCCAUGCUCUACUGCCCCACGGCCUUGCUUAUCAGUUUCUGAUAUAUGGAAUCUUCCCAUCUUAGUCUCAGUCUGGCAAGCUUCGCAUUCUUCAUGUUCCAGAUUAAAUGGGGCAUCUCUGAGGGAACUGCUCAAGCCCCUCCCAUUAAGUUGGUCCCCCGUCUUGUAUCCUUUCAGUGCACUCAGCACACAUUUCCUGUAUAGCACUUUUCACAGUUUGUUUGAAUACCUGUUUAAAGUCUGUUCACCCCAUUGGAGGGAAAAUUGUAUAAGAUAUAUAGACGUGGUCUAUCUUGUUACUACUACACCUAACGUCUACAAACUCGAUAGUCUGUUUCCACAGAUGAAGUGCAGUUAUGCAGGUGAAACAGUUAAUACUGGUUGCGUGAAUGAUCGGAAAAUUACUGUGAACUAAGAAGAGGGGAAAGCUCUGUGUCCCUUGAGUGAGUGUAAAAAUAUGGCAGCAGUUAGGCAUUUGUGCUCCUCUGGAUCUCCCCUCCAACUCCAUCUAUUAUAAUUCAUCACCUUGAGAGAAAUGUUGCAAGAUGAUAAAAUGAAAAGAUGUUUUCAUAGCGUUUUUCUGACUAGAAAUGUAACUCGUGCACACUUUACAAAAUCUGGAAAAUAAAGAAAAUCACCAAUAGGAUAGUGAAGCAUGUCAUCAUUUAGAGAAAAAUCUUUUUAAAACUAUGAGUAAUAACCAUAGGUUGAGGGAAAGCCCUAGCAAGUGUCCCCUUCCACAAAAUCACAUAAAUAAGGACUCUGCCAGGGACAGUCACUUCUUUUCGAUAAUAAUUACACAUUUCAUUUUCCAGCCUGUGCUUAUUUAACUUAUACAACUUAUAGUAGCAUUAUCUGAGCCGGGUAAGCGAUUAAAAAAUCAAACCAACAACAACAAAACCCCAAGAUUCAAAACCCCUUCUGCAAGAUUUUGAAACUACGAUCGAACGCAUGGUGGCGCUGUUGACUAAGAAGGCGAAUUAAAGCACAGCACCCUGCGUGCUCUGUACCGCCCGGAUCCAGUGAGGUCAACUAGGCGUUGUGAGCCUGAGCAGAUUUUUCAGCAAGCCGAUCUGAGCUUCUGGAAAAGAUUGUUCGCUAGGCCUUCUGCAAAGAUUGGGAGGCAAAAGACUGCGUUUUCCAGCGCCGUCACAGGCUCAGCUUGGCGGUAUUUCCUUGAAGAACAUGGCAGGCAGUGCACAGGAGGCCGGAGGGGAGCGCUUUCUUAGACAAAGGCAAGUUCUGUUUCUCUUUGCUUUUCUGGGUGGGUCUCUGGCUGGGUCUGAGUCGAGACGCUACUCUGUGGCUGAGGAAAAAGAGAGGGGCUUUCUGAUAACCAACCUAGCAAAGGAUCUGGGGCUGAGUGUAGGGGAACUGGCUGCGAGGGGAGCCCAAGUUAUGUCUAAAGGGAACAGACAGCAUUUUCAGCUCAGCCAUCAGACCGGUGAUUUGCUCCUGCUGGAGAAAUUGGACCGGGAGGAGCUAUGCGGCUCCACAGAGCCAUGUAUACUGCAUUUUCAGAUAUUACUGCAAAACCCUUUGCAAUUUAUUACAAAUGAGCUCCAGGUCAUAGACGAGAAUGACCAUUCUCCGGUGUUCUUUGAAAAUGAGAUACAGCUGAAAAUCCUAGAAAGCACUCCACCAGGAACAGUAAUUCCUUUGGGAAAUGCCGAAGACUUGGAUGUGGGAAGAAACAGUCUCCAAAACUACACGAUCAGUCCCAAUUUUCAUUUCCACGUUCUCACACGCGGUGGUAGGGAUGGAAGGAAGUACGCAGAACUAGUGCUGGACAAAGCGCUGGACCGUGAGGAGCAGCCUGAGCUCAGUUUAACGCUCACGGCGCUGGAUGGCGGGACUCCACCCAGGUAUGGGACAGUCCGGGUUCACAUCCAGGUCUUAGACAUAAACGACAAUGCCCCAGAAUUUACGCAGUCCCUCUAUGAGGUUCAAAUUCUAGAGAACAGCCCCGUUAACUCUCUUAUUGUCACUGUCUCAGCGUCUGAUUUAGAUACAGGAAAUUUUGGGACAAUAUCAUAUGCAUUUUUUCAUGCUUCGGAAGAAAUUCGCAAAACUUUUCGACUGGAUCCAAUUACUGGUGAUAUCCAACUAGUCAAAUAUUUGAAUUUUGAGGCGAUUAAUACUUAUGAAGUCAACGUAGAAGCCAAGGAUGGUGGAGGCCUUUCGGGAAAAUCAACAGUGAUCAUUCAGGUAGUUGAUGUGAACGACAACGCACCAGAACUGACCGUGUCAUCAAUUACUAGUCCUAUCCCAGAGAACUCGCCGGAGACUGUGGUGGCUGUUUUCAGUGUUUCGGAUCUAGACUCUGGAGACAAUGGGAAAAUGGUGUGUUCCAUCGAGAACGAUCUCCCGUUCGUCCUGAAACCAUCUGCAGAGAAUUUUUACACCCUUCUGUCAGAAGGAGCUCUGGACAGAGAGAAAAGAGCCGAGUACAACAUCACCAUCACGGUCACUGAUUUGGGGACACCCAGGCUGAAAACCCAGCACAACAUAACCGUGCUGGUCUCCGACGUCAACGACAACGCCCCGGCCUUCACCCAAACCUCCUACACCCUCUGGGUCCGCGAGAACAACAGCCCCGCCCUGCACAUCGGCAGCGUCAGCGCCACAGACACAGACGCAGGCGCCAACGCCCAGCUCACCUACUCGCUGCUGCCGCCCCAGGACCCGCACCUGCCCCUGGCCUCCCUCGUGUCCAUCAACGCCGACAACGGCCACCUGUUCGCCCUCAGGUCCCUGGACUACGAGGCCCUGCAGGCCUUCGAGUUCGGCGUGGGCGCCACGGACCGCGGCUCGCCCGCGCUGAGCAGCCAGGCGCGGGUGCGCGUGCUGGUGCUGGACGCCAACGACAACUCGCCCUUCGUGCUGUACCCGCUGCAGAACGGCUCUGCGCCCUGCACCGAGCUGGUGCCCCGGGCGGCCGAGGCGGGCUACCUGGUGACCAAGGUGGUGGCGGUGGACGGCGACUCGGGCCAGAACGCCUGGCUGUCGUACCAGCUGCUCAAGGCCACGGAGCCCGGGCUGUUCGGCGUGUGGCCGCACAACGGCGAGGUGCGCACGGCCAGGCUGCUGAGCGAGCGCGACGCGCCCAAGCACAGGCUGCUGGUGCAGGUCAGGGACAAUGGCGAGCCGCCGCGCUCGGCCAGCGUCACGCUGCACGUGCUGCUGGUGGACGGCUUCUCCCAGCCCUACCUGCCGCUGCCCGAGGCGGCGGCCGAGCAGGCGCGGGCCGACCCGCUCACCGUCUACCUGGUCGUCGCGCUGGCGUCGGUGUCGUCGCUCUUCCUCCUGUCGGUGCUGCUGUUCGUCGCGGUGCGGCUGUGCAGGAGGAGCAGGGCCGCGUCGCUGGGUCGCUGCACGGUGCCCGAGGGCCCCUUUCCAGGCCACCUGGUGGACGUGAGCGGCACCGGGACCCUGUCCCAGAGCUACCAGUAUGAGGUGUGUCUGAGGGCCGGUUCGGGUACCAGCGAGUUUAGUUUCCUCAAGCCGUCUGUUCCCAGUGCUCUGGUUCACGACACUGAGCAAUAUUAGCGCAAAACUCCAAAUCUGAGAAUAGCUUAGGUUUCAUUAACAGAAGCAUUUAAAAGUAACUGUUUGGUUAUGAAUAUUUUCUUUUUAAUUCGAGAAUCUUUAGUUAGUAUAACAGUUUGUUUAUAUAUUGAUUUUACUUUCUUUCUGGCUAAUUAAUCCUUGCAUAUUGUCCUUUUUUCAUCUGCUUCCUGUCUUACCAAUGCAGUCUUAAUGCCUCCUUUUCUUUUUCUUAUAGGUGAAUAAAAGUAAAUUUAUCUUUUAAUGAUAAUAUCAAAUAAGUUCAUUUUGAGGAAUUCACUUCAAAGUUUAUAUCCAAAGCAAUGUCUAGAAAGUUCCAAACCACCAACCUGAUAAUUUACCCGGUUGAAUGUAGUCAGAUAAUGUUGUUUAUAAUACUCCUAACACAGCUUUGUCUGUGGUUAAUGAAAUUUGUGGCUAGUUAAGAAUGUGUUUUCUUUAAGAUGAACCAUUUUUAAGGUGUACUGUCUUUUUUAGGGGUAUAGUACUGACAUGAAAGUAAUACAUUUAAUUCCUUUCCGUUUUGACAUUUGCAACAAAUAUUUCAAUAUUGUAUUGUUUAUAUGGGCGAAAAAUGAAUAAAAAAUAUAGGUUAACAGGGCAAAUUACUCUUAUAUUUGCCUAAAGUGUGUUAAUGGUGGUGAGGAAAAAAAUUAAACCUAAGGUAUUUUGAA